AUGCAAUCAGCCACUCUAAACUGGCUGGUCAACCAUCCGCUCAAAGAAAGCAAAGUUCUCGAGCAUUGCCCUGCACAGACCAUAGAUCAAGCCGCAACGCUGGUACGCAGUCGUGGUUGGCUGCCUCUUAUAGCCGCCCUCGCCCUUGCACUCGAGGCGGUCUUCGUGCAAGCUGGCAGUGGGGCGAGCGAUGCCUCCUCGGUCAGGUCUUCGGUUAGGUCUUCUACCGCAAGCAGCAGAGAGGGCCUUGAUGGAACGACGGGACACCCUCGGGGCUACUACGCUUUCCAAAAGGCCCGGAGACCACACGACCGGCCGCCGAGGGUCCGCAAGCCGCCCUACCAUCGGGCCAACGUGCACUGUCCCGAGCGAGUGGUGUACGGCCGCUUCUCGCCUCGGGACACCCUGUGCGGAGACCUCAACAAGGGCUUCAUCCCGCUCAACCCCAUGAGUCAGAGGCCUCGAGGGGAACCGUACCCGUUUGAAAUCAUCAAGAAGAAGACACUGGAGUUUCUGGCGGGCACGCUGCCUCUACUUCGCAAGGACCCUAACCUGCCCAAGGUGGCCAGGUUCGCCGGCAGGCCACCGCCAGGCUUCGUGGGCAAUCUCUUUGCAGUGCCACCUGGACACGUGUUCGACUACUACCAAAGGCGGCGAGGUCGCAGGUCACUGGCGGCUUUCAACUCCACCCGAAAGACUGAGAAUGCGUAUCAGUCACUUCAAGAGGUGGAACGCGAAUGGCGCGGUCAAAGGUCGAAUGAUUCGACCGUGCACGAUCUGGGGCGCACCUUCAACGCCACGUUCAGGCAACUGUGCCAGCACGGAAGCGGAACGCUGUGCACUCUUUACUCGGCCCUGUCGACAGCCAGGGUGUCGACGGCCGUGCUGCAGACGAUACUGCAGCUGCUUACUGCGCGUACUCCUGCCAUAGCGGACAAGGUGCAGGCGUCCGGCACGUCUUCAUCAUCUUCUUCUUCGUCGUCCGGUUCCGCCAAUUCCGGUUCGUCGUCGUCGUCUUCUGGCGGAAGCGGAACGCAGAGCAACUUGCUCAACAUGCUAACGUACGCGGCUGAAAUCAUCAACGCCAUAAGUCCGGACGCCGCCGGCACGACCCCUGCUCCGCCCAUAGUUAACAGGUCGCCGUUGACGCAAGUGCUCUCUGCUCUCACCGGAGCCACGGGCACGGUCGCGUCGGCCACCAGUCCCCUGGUGACCGUUCUCGACCUGAUGACCAGCGAGAGCUCGCCCAUAAAGCUGCUGGCUAACGUGUACAGUAGCACGCGCAAGAAGUCCAAGCCUAGCGACUCGGCGCAGCAGUCCAGCCUGGAGAACGACGUUGAGGGCCUGCCGCCCACGCCGUGUCCGUCGCUCGAGGAAUACGUCACGCCCACGUUCGCGCGCAACUACCAGGGCGUGUGGAAGUACGUGGUGCAGAUACCGCACGAAGGGUACCUCACCCAGACCGUGCAGCAGACGAAGUGCAUGUCAGGCAGGUGCGACUUCGUCGACGGCGGCCUCUGUCACGAGUCCCCUCGCUGGGUGAGCCUGCUGGUCGCCGAGAUCUUCUACCCUAAUGCCGUGUUCCCCACGACGUCUCCGCAGAGGCGCCGUGCCCCUCAUCCGGCUGCUCCCUUGCAGCCGCAGUCUCUUUACUAUCCUCAUCCACACCAGAUGAUUCAGCAGCCUCCGCCGCCUCCUCCCGUGGGCGACUUCCACGCCUUCCAACAGUACCUGCACCGUCGUGUGGGCGCCGAUCAGCAGCAACAGCAACAGCAAACGUUGUCGCCAGAGAAACAGCGAUCCCAGCAGGAACAGCGACCGCAGCAACAGCAGGGCAAGAGGCGUAGCGACGUCUCGCCGGCGGGUCCCAAGGCUGCGGCCAGGUCCAGGACAUCAGCGGCAACGUCUGCGUCCAAGGAAAAGUGCGAUGGCUACGAUCACGUCGGCUGUUACAUCGUGCGCAUGUACUACGACUGGUUCCUCGUCAAUGGUUCGUGCAAGUGCUGGAAGCCCAGCGCUAAGCACGUCUUCACGGCGGGACGUCGCCGGUGAGAAGGCGCGUACUGCUGCCCUGUGCAAGAACCUGUGCGCAGGUCGCUCGGGGAACAUUUC